CUGACCACUCUAAUACUAAAGAAACACUUUCAGAGUUCUGAAUCACUCUUUAUUGAAGACGAAGAUGAGAUCCACCAAAGCAGCUUUGAUCCUUGCUUUCCUCCUCAUCCUCACGGCCACCCGCACCUCCUCGACCCGACCAGACCCGGAUCGCGAUGCACAGGCCAAGCACGGCGGCGAACCGAGCCACGUCGGCGGCGGGGGAGGACGAGGAGGAGACUUCGGAGGGUUCUUCGGGCCGGGACCCGGGUUCAGCAUACCCGGGUUCGGCGGCGGGUACGGAUCCGGCUUCGGAGGUCCGGGAGGCGGAUACGGGAAGGGCGGGGUGGUGCGGCCGCCGGCGGUGGUCUGCAAGGAGAAGGGGCCGUGUCGCGGGAAGAAGCUGACGUGUCCCGCCAAGUGCUUCAAGUCGUUCAGCAGAGCCGGGAAGGGCUACGGCGGCGGCGGCGGCGGAGGGAGCUGCACCGUGGACUGCACCAAGAAAUGCGUCGCUUAUUGCUAGUUGCAAUUCGAUUCUCAUUCUAAAAUGUUUGGG